CGUCCGGACACGUCCGGCCCCCCCGUGACACACUCAGGCAUGUGUCACGGGACAAUGCGUCACAGUCGGUUUACACGGACUCGGUUUCACGUCUGCUUUCGUCCCGACAGACAGACGGGCUGUAGACGCAGAUGACAUGGAAAUGCAGAAUCGGAACGGCGAGACCGGUCGGACCCGGAACAUCGUCCUGCCGCAGGUCAGAUACCAUCCAAGCAUCCAGACUCAGAUUCCCGGAAAUGGAGCACAAACCAAAACCGCUAAAACCACUGAAACCAGAACCGGUAAAAAACAGAAGAGCCGUUCUGCAGCCGAGUGCCCCCCUCAGACUGGGAGCCAGCAUGGGGACAGCACCGCCCAGGCUGAUCCAGUUCCUGCAGUGAGACCACGUCCUGGUGUAGGACAAAACCAAAAACAGAAGCCGAAUCAGAAACUGGUUCAGAGGGCAGCCACAGAUCCAGAUCCUCCUCAAAAACCGGAUCGGUUCUAUGCAGGAGCCCUUCCCAGACCGGAGGAAGUUCCUUGGGGUCUGGCGGUCCGGUUGGACAGACGUGUGGUGGAGGAGGUGGAGGUUCUGACCCGCGGACAGAGGACCAACCAGGACUGGUUCUCUUGGAGAAAGAAUCGGAUCACGGCCUCCGUGGCUCAUCGCAUCGCUCACUGCCGCUUUGUUCACGGCAGGAGCAAAACCCCGCCCACCUCCUACCUGGCUGCAAUCACAGGCGAGGGUCGCAGCGUCCAGACCAGAGCCAUGAGCUGGGGGAUCCAGAUGGAGUCCAAGGUCACCUGCAGCUACCAGAGGCUGAAGAGUUCGGCGUUAGGUCGGUCGGUCUUGGUUCAGGACUGCGGCCUUUUCAUCGACGCGCAGCGGCCCUGGUUGGCUGCGAGCCCUGACGGCAUUGUGAAGGACAUGCGGACCGGCCAGUGGCUGCUCUGCCUGGAGGUGAAGUGUCCCUACAAACACAGACAGAAACGAGUGGAGGACGCCUGCAGGGACGACCCCGCCUUCUGUCUGGAAGUACAGGAUGAGGACGGACGGGAGCCUGGAGGGUCUGCAGUCUACCGUCUGAAGAAGUCUCACAGUUACUACACACAGAUCCAGUGUCAACUGGCGGUGACGGGCCUGCGACGGGCCGACCUCAUAGUCUACACCACGAAGGAGACGGCCAUUGUCCCGGUGACCUUUGACCCUGACUUGUGGGAGGAGACGGUGUCCAAGCUGGAAGUGUUUUACAGGGACGCCGUCCUACCUCGUCUCAGAGAGAAGACACAGCAGGAGACAGCAGCGGCCUGGACACCAGAGCUGUAGAGACCCAGUUGGGUUUGGGGGGGCAGAGGUCUGGUGAGCUCACGUCUCUCUAACUCCACGCCACCAGAUUUUCUUUACUUUUCAAACUUGUAGUCUUCAGACCCAACAGACGCCGACUCAAGAGUCGCCUUUAGAGACACUAAAAGUACUAUUACUACUUUUCUAUACAUAUGCAGCUGAACUCCCCAGCACCUGGACACACCUGGACACACAGUCAGGUGGAAAGUCACCUGAGCUCCUCUGUGAGCUGAUACAGCAUUGACUUGAACUUGCUGCCACUUUGUCCAAGUGGUCUCAUGGUCUCACACAAGAUAAAAAGAUCCUCAUGUUUUUCUGUCACCAGAGAAAAAAAGCUCAGUUUAAACAAAGAUCCUUUUCACUCGUAAAAAAAUAUUUUCUGGAUUCCAGACUCUUCCGUUUAGAGAAGAAACGUUUGUAAGAACAACACAUCACUUCAUCCUGUUGUUUAUCACGAAACUUCUCCUUUAAUAAAUGAGUGGGUAAGAUGGUAGAGUGUCACCUGUUUCCAUCGGCUUCGCUCUCCGACUGGGACGUUGUCCAGAAACCUGGACGCUGGUCUCGUCGUGUAAACAGAGAUGAGGAACCGGGUUUCUCACGAUCCAAAUAAACAUCGAAUCCUGAAUAUGAUCGAAACCAGGAAACGAGGUGCACGCAGUCGCACUCGCUGCAGCCAAGUUCAGUCACGUAACACGGUUCAUCUAAUGCGAAAGCUGCGUAUAUUUAUAUUUAGAGAAGUGAAAUGAGGGGACAGA